AAACAGCUGAUAGUUUUCCAAAUUCAUUUUUACAAUAAGUUAAUUGCCCACAUCGGCAAAUUUAUUAGAAAAUUUUCUAUUAAAAAUAUAAAAGAUGAAUGAAGCGGACAGUUUUGCGGAAAUAUUCAGGGGCGGCUUACCCCACUGCCUUCUUAUUGUGUUUUCCAUGUUGUUAAUAUGCUCACCGGUAAUGCCGAGCGAAUUCGAGGUUAUUUCCAUGUCCAAAUACGAUCUAAAUGGACAGCAUUAUGGAAGCCGCGUUUCUGCAAUAUCCCUUGAAGCGAGAUCUCUGUACUCGUGGAAUACUUCUAGGCACUGUGUCCUCACACGAUUAACGGACUUGUCAAUCCAUGAUUUCGAUAAAUUACGGCAAGGUGCAGGAGGUCUAAUUCUCAUGUUGCCGUCGAAUAUAUUGAAUCUGGAUCUAGAAACCAAAGAACUUAUAACUAUUUUGGAGCAAUCAAUGCUGACCCACACAGCUGCAAUUCCCAUUUACUUUGCUCCGUACAACAAAGAUUUGGAAAAGAUCAUCGAUGAUAUAACGUAUACGACUACGGAUAGUCAUCAAAAUCAAACGGCAUUGGCUCAAUUGGUUGUAACCGUCUCGGCCAACAGAUAUCACAUAAAUGUCGGCGGCGGCAGCAUUGCGGCUAAUAAGAAUAGCAAAAUUCCCAUUAUCCAUGGCGAACUGAUACCCAAUCAAUUGGCCCUAAAACCCACGGAAUCUGUUGCAGAUGGACAGAAACUUCCCGUCAUCUUGAUAACCGCGAAUCUGAAAACCUUUGGUAUAUAUAAUGAUUACCCGGUGAAUGCUGAUGCUGCAGUUUUGCUGGUGCUGAUGGAGUUGUUCAGUAAAUUGCACUAUACCUCCAGUAUGGCACCCAAGUACCGUCUACGAUUUUUGCUUUCGGACGCAGGCGUCCUACUGAACUUCCAGGGCUCCAAGAAGUGGCUCGAGGUUGAUGAUAAUGCGCUGCAGAACGUUGAGUUUGUGCUUUGUUUGGACACCAUUAGCGAAAGCUUAUCCUACACAACAGACAACGCUUUGUACAUGCAUGUCUCUAAGCCCCCCAAGGAUAAGACUUCUAUCAGCAACUUCUUCAAACUCUUGAAAUCAUCAGCUGAAAAGUAUUCGAAUGGUCUGGCCGUCGAGGGUGUGCAUAAGAAGAUCAACCUGGCAGACACCAAACUGGCUUGGGAGCACGAGCGGUUCAGCAUAAAGCGCUAUCCUUCAUUCACCCUAUCGUCUGUAAAGAGUCCUCGCAGCCCCAUCCGGACAACCAUUUUCAAAAACGACGAAAGUCGUCUUGUAGAACACACUCUCAACACGACGCGAAUUAUUGCGGAGGCUUUGGCUAGUUUUAUGUACAAAGUGGAUCAAAGCUCCAGCAUUUUUGAGGGACAGUUGGCUAUUAAGGAAGAAAACAUCCGGCCAUACUUUGGAGUUAAAUCCAUUUUGCAUAAUAACGACGUGAAGGAUGCUUUCGAAAAGUAUCUUAACAAUGUUAAGAUCAUCUACGAUAAGCCAGACGGCAGAGACCCAGAAUUUAUGUUCUAUAACGAGAACGAGGUGAAACUGAAUGUUUAUAGAGUGAAACCAGCGAUCUUUGAUCUCUUCCUAACUUUCGUCAUUGGCGCCUACCUAUUGGCUGUAUUCCUCGCCAUACAAUAUUUCCCCCGAUUUUACGAUGAAGUUUCCAAGCUAACGAAAGAGGAGCCCGUGGGACAAUUCAAUGGACACUCUUCUGAGCGACUCAGAAUGAAAUCACAUUAGUAUCGUGGUAUUGAGUAGUAUAUGAUUGCGAGUAGGGAAAUUUAUGUUCAAAAUUAUUUUUCAAACCUUUUCUAAUGCCAAUUGAACGAUUGUUAAUUUAAAGUUAAUAAAUUCUAUACUGUAGAGAUCUGUCCACGGGUGAUGUGGCUAUCAAAAUA